AUGGGGUCUCCAGUUCGUUCACCGCUCUCCCCAAGCUUGUUCUCAUUACACCUUGAACACAUGAAGCAGACCUCUUCCACUCCAAGAAAGCUUCUGCGGACAAUGAACAGCAGCAAGGAGAACAACACCAAGUCCGCUUUGACACCACAGGCCAUGUCGACACCAGUCUUGCUUUCAACAGGCCAGAAGCGCCAUACUCACUCGGCAUCUGCGGAUGAGAGCCCGAGCAAGCGCGCUCGUACUCACGCUGAAGAAAAGCCUCACUCCUCGCCCAAGCGAAAGCUCGUGCCGGUCAUCUCGCGAGCGCAGACCAGUCCGCAGCAUCAAUUACUGAAAGAACUCAGCGACGCCGCCAUUGGACCAGAAAGUGACAAGGCAUCGAGCAUCGAAGACAACGAGAACGUUCUUCCUAACUCCUCGCGCUCCGAGGAUAUGGAACUCCCGAGUUCUUGCAUGAUGGAUCAGGGCGAUGAAGAUGGUCUGUUUUCAGCACUAGACAGCAUGGAUUCGCAUGCGCUGAAUGAAGACCAUCUUUUCGAUUCUGCUGGACUGGAAACUGAGGAUGAAAAGGAGGAUAUUAUUCAAGACGAAGACGAUGCGUUGGACGGUCUGCCCGAGAUGGACAAUUCGCAGAUUCCUGGGCUACCAGAGAAGGCAUUCAACGACGAAGUUGCUGGAGAGCAGAAGGGCAUCGAAGAUGGCGACGAUACGUUCGAGCUCAAUACUGAUGGUCUGCCUAAGAUUGACGAUCCGCAGAUUCGCAAGCUACCGGAGAAGACAUCAAAUGACAGAGUUGCUGGAGAACUGGAGGGCGUCGAAGACGGCAACGCUGCGUUCGAGCUCGAUGGUGAUGGUCUGCCCAAGAUGGACAAGCCGCAGAUUCUCAAGCUACCCGAGCAGGCAUACAGUGUCGAAGCUGCCGGCGGAGAACAGGUUGAGAAGACUCAGAAUAUGGUACCUGACCUCAAUGAAGAUCGUCGUAAGGGCGCCGACUUGGAAGCUCUGAUUCCUGGAAUCAGCAGCUAUAGAUCCUCUCGUUCUCCUAUGGAGCCUCAGAUGGAGACUGCAGAGUCCUCUGGAGUCGUGCACGCUGCAGCUCAACCUCCACCAACCAGUCACGCUCAAGAUUCUCAUGGCGUUCAUCAGCUCGUGACGCAGGAUGGACAGGUCGAUCAGUUCAUUGUUGAAACUGGCACCACGCUAGGGGAUGAGCAAGAGCAGGCAGUCAAUAUCCCCUUGAAUGCAGAAGCGGUCAUCUCCAGUACUACUCCCGCCACCAAUAACAACCACGAGCCCGACCUCCAGAUCAUCGACCCAAACGACUCCGCCCUCCCCCGAUAUUUCAAACCGCAAGGCUUCAAAUACAUGGACCAAUCCCGUCGCCCCGCCACCCCACCCAUUCCUUCCUUGCCCACCUCCUCCGACCAACCAGAAACCGCCUCCUCGGUGCGAGCCUACAACGUCAACAAAACCGCCGCGUCCACCGCCGUUCUCCGCGCGCAAGAACUCAAUGGUGGUCUCAGCGGUCCCGUCGCGGGACGCGACCAUUGCCAAAUCCUCAACAACUACCAAGCCUUUUACCAAAAAGUCAUCCAUCUCGUUCCCGAACUCCCCAAUUGGAAAGCCUUUCCCUGGUCGAGAAGAUAUUGGAUCGCAGUCUUGUACAGCCACAAAAAACCCCGAGCUAUCGCUCGUGCGAGAGAUUUCAUGUGGAUGAAAGGAAACAAAUACACCACAAUCUCCACAAUCUGGCACUCCUACGCCCUACGCACCAUGGAAGAAGAUUUCGCUCUGACCUGUCGCGGCGAAAUCCUCGAUAUGAAAGAUCAAGCAGGAGAAUUAGAUUGGUUUAAUCAGAAAUUUGUCGUGUUGCGAGCCAUUUCUACUUCGACUUCUACUUCGACUUCGACUUCGUCGACGGAGAAGUCGCGAAUGAGGAGUCGUAUGCCGCCGGGGUUGGUGGCGGGGAUUGGAAUUGUGCCGCCGGAGGAGGGGGAGGUGGUGGUGAUUGAUGGAGAGGAUGGGGAGGGAGAGGGGGAGGGGGGAGGAAAGGGGGGAAAGGAUAAGAAGAUGAAGGAGGUUGUGGUGAUUGAUUGA